CAAAAUUCACAGGCAAGCUUGCGUUACUUUAGUGCGGCUGUGUACAAUAGACACGUGUUUGUCAAAACAUAACCGUAUUGUUGCAAGAAUAUAACCUCAAAAUCUCAUCUAACGUGACGUCUAGUGUACGGUUAGUUUUUGUGUUUUUAAAGUUUAAUAAAGCUGUUAUUACUCAGAAUAAUGGGUAAGCGAGGUAAAGGAUUCAGAAGAAACCAUCACUUCAAUCAUUCCAACAGAAACUCAAACAAACAAGAUCAAAAGCCGCAAGAAAAUGCCGAUACGAGAAAGCCAUAUAUGGAUAUUGUCAGGGAAAAUGAGAAGUUUGUUGAGUACUACAGGACGAUAGGUAUAUGUAAGGAGGAAGAAUAUGACCAAUUUAUAACUUCUAUGAAGACCGAUUUACCGGCAACUUUUCGAAUAACAGGCUCAAAAGGAGUUGCCAGUAAAAUGCUUGAAAUCGUUGAAGAGCAGUUGAUUAAGGAAUGUACAACACAACAAAAUGAAAAUGAAAAACCCCCGAAUAUAUUUCCACUUCCAUGGUAUCCUAAUAAAUUAGCUUGGCAACUGGAGUUGACAAGAAAGGAUAUUAGACGUUGUGAGGCUUAUUACAAGUUGCACAAUUUUUUGAUAUCCGAGACGGAACAUGGUACAAUUUCAAGGCAAGAAACUGUUAGUAUGAUACCGCCGUUAGUUUUGGAUGUGCAACCACACCACAAGAUCUUGGAUAUGUGUGCUGCUCCUGGUUCAAAGACAGCUCAGCUACUUGAACUUUUACAUGCCAAUGAUGAUCCUAUACCAUCAGGAUAUGUAAUUGCAAAUGAUGUUGACAACAAACGUUGUUACAUGUUGGUGCAUCAAGCUAAACGUUUAAACUCGCCUUGUGUGGCUAUCAUCAACAAUGACAGCUCAAUUCUGCCCAAUUUAACAGCAUCUCUACCCGAUGGAUCUACCGAGCAUGUUCAGUUUGAUAGAAUUCUAUGUGAUGUGCCUUGUUCUGGUGAUGGAACGUUGAGGAAAAACCCUGAUAUUUGGUUAAAAUGGACGCCAGCAAAUGCGUUAAACCUGCAUGGUAUACAGUCGAGAAUUUUAAGGAGGGGUGUGGAGUUAUUAGCCGUUGGUGGCAGAAUUGUGUAUUCAACGUGUUCAUUGAACCCUGUUGAAAAUGAAGCUGUGAUACAUCGUCUUUUAUGUGAAACCGAUGGGGCUCUGGAGCUUGUGGAUGUCAGUGCUUCUUUGCCAGGUCUGGUCUACUCAAAAGGAAUGGAAGAAUGGCCUGUGUCCAGCAGAAACCUGGAGUUUUACAAAACGUUCGACGAGGUAGACGAAAAGUGGAGGACAACAAUCCGCCCGCAAAUGUUCCCUCCGAAAGCAGAAGAUAGAAGCAAAUACAACCUCAACAAAUGUAUCAGAGUCCUCCCUCAUCAACAAAACACGGGCGCCUUUUUCGUGGCGGUGUUGAAAAAAGUGAAACCCCUGACUGCGAAAGAGAAAACGUUCAAGGAAGAGGAAAAAAAUCCUGAAGAGGAGGCUAAAAAACGCGAGAACGAAGAUCGCUUGCCGCAAAACCAAAGGAAACGUAGGAGGAAGGAGGGGUACAAAGAAGAUCCUUUUGUGUUUUUCGGGGAAAAGGAGGAGGUGUGGGAUGAAAUCAAAAAAUUCUACCAAGUAUCCGACGAGUUCAAUUCGCGGUGUCUCUUGACUAGAUGCGCUUCCGGCAAAAAGAAGAAUAUUUAUCUCGCUUCAGACGCCAUAAGGGACUUAGUUGUACAAAACCAAGGCGCUAUUAAGUUUAUCAACACUGGCGUUAAAGCUUUUGUCAGGUGUGACAAUAAGAACAUGAAAUGUGCAUUUAGAAUUGCUAAUGACGGUUUGGAGAGCAUUUACCCAUAUGUGGGUAGUGAUAGAAAAAUUAAAAUACAAAGAGAUGAUCUUAUAUCUUUACUAGUUAAUGAUAAACCUGAAAAAUCGCCUCCAAUCACCAGCUUAUCGCCUGAAAUUCAAGAACUACUAAAGGAUUUAAGUCCUGGUAGUUGUGUGUUGUUGUACAAAGAAGGUUUAAAGGACGGAACAAACACUUUAAAUAUUAACAUCAGUGGAUGGAGGGGAACAACAUCUUUGAGAUGUUACAUGUCUCAACAUAGCACAGUGCAUUUACUUAGGUUACUUGGUGGGGAUAUUUCUAAAUAUGAUACUAAUAAAUACAAGAAGGCAGUAGAACCUGCUGAUGAAACUGAAGAACCUAAAGAAGAAACAGCACCAAUGGAAACUGAGCAGGUAAAAAAUGAUGCACAAUGAUUUAAUUGUUGUAUAUUAUUUAUUUGGACGUUUCAAUAUUCUGAUUAAGAUUUUUAAGUAUUGUAUAACAGUUUAUUAUUGACUUAGGAAAAAGUUGUUUUACAAUAAAAUAAAUUUUUAAUAACUCUAGAAGGUUUUAAUAUCUCACUAUAAUCAGCUAGUUAACUAUUGUUACUAUUGAUUAUGUCAGCGGUAAAAUAUUAAAAGGAUGAAGUGUAAUAAAAAAUAGUUUAUCACAAAUAUUGCGCCGAAAAAAUCACAACGGAAAAUGCAUGUAAAGCACAGCCAAGUACUGAAGUGAUUAUGUUAAAAUUGUGCUAAAAUUUUUUAAAAAAUUCAACCCUGAAUAACCACCUGUUUCUGAACCGUUUGUUUUACCCUGGUGUUUUUCGAGCACGGUUUUACCCCCAUAAAGUGCUUCCUCCAACAACCUUCCUCGUCCUCCAAAUUUUCGUGACACAGGGGACACCUGUUGCUUCCCUCGGAAAGUUCUGAAAAGAUUAUUUUGCUGUCUAGUUUACUAAUUUUCAGUUUCGGUUUUCAAAUUUCUUGUACAUUUGGUGUCCCUCAACUUUGAUAUUUUAUAAACAAUUGAGUUUAACGCCAUUUGGAACUUUACUAAGCGAAAUCAAUUGGUUUAAGUGUUUUUAGCAACUACACUCACAGGCAAAAUAAUCGAUCCACACAAAUUUUCGAUGAAUUUCAAUCGCAAAUAACUUUUUUAUUUGAUUUCGGAUUUAAACAAAUAUUAAAGAAUAUUGUAGAUACAUUAAUGGAGAAUCG